AUGUGUACACCACUCUGCUAUAUGGACACUGAGAACAUUGGAAGAAAUGAGGUAUACAAGAAGAAGGACAAUACCAUCUGGACAGUCGUCGUCACAUUAGAAGACAAAUGCACAAUGGGAAUCCCCGAAACUUACAAUUGUGCUGUUGCACGUCGAACACCAGUAGCGGGCAUUGCCAAUUCUUUCAUAGCUGAUGCAGUUCCUUCAACAAAAUCAAACACUCCUUGGACAGGUUUUGUUACAGUAUCCACGACUCCAGUUGCUACUCCCCAUACCAUUCCCUUCAUCAAACCACUUUUCCGACUUUCUGAUGCAACAUUUGUAAACAUUGCUGUCGCUCCACCUAGAACACCAACUCCAAGUCCUUUGACUCCAGAAUAA